AUGCAUGGGAUGGUGUACUGCUGUUCGCCAUGCAAACCGCGGUACCGGCGCCUCGUCGACUCGAUCUAUCCGACGAAUGCACGCGACGGGCUAAACGGCGCGAAUUUGAAUAAGUUGACGUUUUACGCCUCGUCGCAUCCGGAGAAAUUAGACCGAAUCGGCGAUUACAUUCUGCAGCGACUCUCGCGGGAUCUCUACCGUUUACGCUUCAAUCAGGUGAAAGUCUCCGUGGAAACGAUGGACAGUUUGCUGCAAUGUUGCCACUCAUCACCGUCACUCCCUCAAUUGUCAGAGCAUCACCUGAAGAUGAUACAAAAGCUUUUAGAGAGCAAUCUACCGUAUAUGGAGCAAUUGGGCACCGAUUCUUUUGUGAAAUUUUCGAAUAUUGAGGAGUCUGCGCCAUGCUAUCAUCGACAAUAUGAUUUCUUCAUCUCAAAAUUCUCCCAGAUGUGCCAUUCGUCAAACAAAGAGGCGGACAAAGUGCGAAUUGCUGGACUGAAAGGCUUGCGGGGAGUUGUUUGGAAAUCGGUCACCGAAGAUAUUCAUGGAAAUCACGCGAAUAUCUGGGAGAAGCAACAUAUGGACAAAAUCAUUCCAAGUUUUUUGUUCAACUUGCAAGAGGAUGAGCCAAAAACGUUGUCACUUUUGGAGGGACCAUUCGGUGAAAGUGGCUCAAAAGACGAGACGGUGAACAGCUUAGCUGGGACGUGUUUACGCGAAUUGAUGGGAAAAGCUAGUUUCGGGACGCUUCGGGUCGUUAUCGAGCCGGUGCUUCGACACCUCGACUUGCACAAGAAAUGGCAACCGCCACCAAUCUUCGCAAUUCAUGUUUUCCGCAUCAUUCUCUACUCGAUUCAAUCGAAAAGCAGUUACUAUGUGAUCCAAGAGUUGAUCGAUCAUUUGGACACAAUGAGCUCGUCGGACGCGUCCGUUCGAAUCGGCAUCGCAUCGGUGCUUUCAUCUAUUGUUUCAAUUGCGGGGACAAGCAUCGGACCGUUGUUGCUCUCCAUAUUCAACUCGCUGUUGAAGCACUUGAGAGCCUCCGUCGAGUUUCAACAGUCGAAAAAGUGCCCGUCGACUGAGGACGAGAAAACUUAUCAAGAAACGCUGAUCAACGCAAUGGGCGACUUUGCGAACGCUUUGCCUGACUAUCAAAAGGUUGAAAUGAUGAUGUUCACCGUUGGAAACAUCCCAUCGUUGUCGGAUGAGCGGAAAAAUCGCGAAGGGGAUGCUUUUCUGCAACACGUACUGGUGAAAACUUUGCUGAAAGUGGCCACAAGAUUCAGGACGAGCUAUUUGGCGACGAUUUUCACCGACUCUUUCCUGAACACAUUGCAGCAAUUGGCUUUGGUGCCGGAUCCGCAAGUUCGUCUGAUCACCCAGAAAAUCUUCCAUACUUUGCUGGAUCGACACGACAAUGUGACGAGUCUUCAGUCCUUAGAUUUGGAGACAGACAUUUCAGAUUUGCAAUUGACUGUGGAGAAAUGCUCAAGUCCCGAUCAAAUGUUUAUGCGGAAAAACGCUCAUUCCAUCAUGGUCUCAUUAUAUAGGGCAACAGCUUUAAUGCCCGAGGAUGCGGAUCUGAAAGAACACGCGGAUGCCAUUUUGUGUACAAUGUUGUUGUUCUGUAUUGAGGCUGGAUAUGAUGAGAGCAUCAUCGAGCUGUUUCGCUUGUGCUUUGGCGUGCAAACGUUGGCAAUGGACCAAGAGCAACCAUUCUCGGUGGAGAAACGCGAAGCCAUGCACAACAUUGUAGCCAGAUAUCUGAACGUUUGCAGUCAACUUUUGGCAAUUCCGGCUUUAUAUCAACAUGUGCAUCAAGUGAAGACGAAUCGCGUGAAAGGGUCAAAUGAGGACUUGGAUGAGGACGUGAUUUCCACUUUUGACCGAAAUGUUGUCAGUGAGGCGCUGAAGAACUCGGGCAAAGAUGUCACCCAGUUGAGCGUUCCGUUCUUGGCAAGUCGACAAAGUGAGGCCUCUUACUUGGAGCAAAUGGACAUGAUUGAUGGAAAAGCGGUCGAGAAAUUCGAUGCUCAAUCGAUGGAUUCGUCAUUCGAAUGGACACCACCAGAGUCGACGCAAAUCAGCCGACGAAAUACCGUGUUCUCUUUGGAUGGUGGUUCGACCAAUCGUGUGAGCCAUCUACAAUCGUUGACCGGUUUGCCAGUGACGGUGCACAAUUUGAAAGAGUUUGCGAAUCGGCCAAUCGACAAAUUGGAGGAGAAGCGACAAGAGGAGAGCUACCAGAAAGAAGUGUUGCAGCGUUUCCGGAGCACUGGUUUUGAGGAGAUUUCCGACGAGAUUGCCCGGAAUAACGAUGAGACGGACAUCAUGCGGUGUAUCUCACGGAUUUUGUCGAAGAGAACCGAGAAAGUGCGCAUGAAAAACGAAGGCCGGAGCCAGAAGCCAAAAAAUAUUUUCAGUAUGGAUAUGCCGGCUUUUGUGUCAGUGAAACCCACA